AAUCAGAGCGCAUUUGUAAAUAAAAAAAAAAGGCGGAAGAAAACGGAUGUUUAUUAAUGAAUUUUGUCAGCUUUAUCGUGGCUUGGUAAAAUAAUAAAGUUGAAUUGGGUGUGUUUAGCGAAUCUAAAUCGUGGUGCUUCUGGUCUAUUUAUCGCCACCAACUGCAGAACAUUACAGGGGUUUCUGUCGUCAAAGCGAUAAUGGAGGACUGCGGUGCUCUUUUAGCCACGGAGAGGUACGGCAGUGGCGAGUCGUGGCAAUAUGUUGCAAAGAAUGGAGCCAUGCAGAGGACAAGGGAUGGCAGUAAAGCUGAAUCGAGUGUAAACUCCUUAGUUGGGUUUUUUAAAAAUGUAUUUCUUCCUCAAGGCUACCCGGAAAGUGUGAGUGGAGACUACUUGCAGUACCAGUUUUGGGAUACUCUGCAGGCCUUCUCCAGUUCUCUGUCGGGAAUGCUGGCCACUCAGGCGUCACUCAGAGGUGUCGGUGUGGGAAACCAGGAAGCCACAGUGGCUGCGGCCACAGUCACCUGGCUGCUAAGAGAUGGAACCAGCAUGUUGGGAAGGAUCGUCUUCGCCUGGCUGAAAGGGAACAAGUUGGACUCUGAGGCCAAAAAAUGGAGGCUUUUUGCAGACAUUCUCAACGACAUCGCCAUGUUCAUGGAAAUACUGGCCCAGUUCUUUCCCACUUGGUUCACCUUGAUUGUGUGCACGUCGGGGAUAUUCAAGUCUGUGGUGGGUGUGGCGGGCGGAGCCACAAGAGCUGCUCUGACCGUCCAUCAAGCUCGCCGAGACAACAUGGCUGACAUCUCCGCCAAAGACGGCAGUCAGGAGACUUUGGUGAAUCUGGCUGGACUCCUGGUUAGUUUGAUCCUCAUUCCGCUCGUCACGGACAGUCCGGCAUUGACCAUCAGCCUGUUCUUCCUCUUCACCGCCCUCCACCUUUUCGCCAACUACAAGGCGGUGCGUUCGGUGGUCAUGGAAACGUUGAACGAGGCGCGGCUCGUAAUCGUGCUGCGCCGCUUCCUGCGAGACGGACAUCUCCUGACGCCACUGGAAGCCAAUCGAGAGGAACCUGUCUUUUUGGAAUUUUGGAAAAUGUUACCAAUCAAACUUGGCGUGAGGCUUCAGGAAGUUGUCCAAAGCCCAGAAGAGUUGCAUUCUGCUUUGAUAAGAAAGGACGCGCCCUUCCUACUGGGUGUCACAAAUGGCUGCAUAUGUGUGUGUUUGGCAGCGCAUGCACACACGCGAGAUGAAAUCAGAGCGAUGUGUCAAGCCAUUUGGCUGCGCGAUAUGUUGAGUCCAUCAAAACAACAUCAUGGUUUCUGGGAAAUGGUGCACAAGAGUCACAAGUUGAUGGAUGCCGAGUUUGAUCGAUUUCACAAAGGUGUGGAAGCCGCCGGGUGGGAUGUGACGAGAACACUUCUGGACUGGGACGAGUGGAGGCUCGAGUGGAAGUCAAAAGUCGAAUGAAAACACCCACAGAUGUCACAACUUGUCAGACAAAUGAAGUAAAUCUCAGAUGAUUGAUUUGAAUAUUGAUCUGUACGUUUCUUUUUUUUUUUUAUAAUAAAACUUUUUUCUAAAAAUA